UUCCUCUUGAAGCUGACUUCCUCUCUGGAAGUGAUUUUCGUCUCCAACCAUGUUGAGGCUCUUUUCUCAUUCUUUCAUUCUGACUAACUUGCUUUUUUCCCCUCUGACAUCCUACUGCAGUUGGGAACUUCUGGAGUAAGAGCGACAGAUCUUGCUGCUCCCCCCACCUUUUCCUGCAACUUAAUCAUUUGCAGAUCUUGCCAUGGGGUGCGGACUGAGAAAGCUGGAAGACCCAGAUGAUAGCAGCCCUGGAAAAAUCUUUUCUACCCUGAAGAGACCACAAGUUGAAACAAAGACGGAUUCUGCUUAUGAAUAUGUGUUGCUGGAUUUUACUUUAGAAGCUUCGUCAAAUCCAGAAGUUAUCAAGAUCAGUUCUGUGCUGGAUAUAGCAUCUCAGGUGGAAGAAUACUACAGCAAAGGAUAUGUUGUGGGAGCUGUUCAUCCCAUUAUGCUGCCAAUUGGACGUAGAAGGAGUUUCCCUGCAAGUCACAUGUAUCGAGUGGUGCUUUCUCGAUUAAAAUCAAGCCAGAAGCAUGCAGCACCCAGAGGACAAAGGCACCCCAGGCUGCUGAUUGAAGAAUGUCCUUUAAUGUAUGAAACACUGACAAAUGAGGUAGUGAAAGAACUGUUAGAAAAGGUUAACGAAGCUGCUAAAAGAGGAAAGAAGUUUGUGGGAUUUGUAACACAACAUUUUCCUCAGCCCAAAGCCUGCAAUGGAACAAGCGCAGAUGGAAGUGCAGAGCUGGAAGCAACACUGGGCAGAAGAAACAGGGAACACAGGAGAGAAAACUUUGAUGAAAACUACAAAAACUGGAAUGAGGGGACACUGAGUGGUCAUUCCUCUGAGAGUGGGAUAGAGGAGGAAAUGCAAGGAGAAAGCAGACUAUUGGAGGAUUCAGACUUCCAGUUUGGAAAAGAAGUCAGCCCUUCUAAACCACGGAAAGGAGAUGACAAGCUGUAUACAGUCUUCAAUGUUUUUGAUGAGGAUUCCACCUGCUGGACCUAUCAUGAAGGUGUUUUGUCUAUGAAAGUAACAAGGAAGGGGCCAGUUGUGAGUACUCUGGAAGCAGACUGGCUAGAAUUAACUACAUUUUAUUAUAAACAAGGAUUGUCCUUAGUUGAUUCUUUUGUACACUGGGAAACUUCUAAAGGGGACUAUUUGCCCAAAUCUUUAGAAGGAUUAUUUAUCUAUGAAGAAGAAGGUGCUGGGGUUCCAGGUUCCAGCAGGAAAGGAAAUGAUGCAAUAGUUGUUGAACAAUGGACAGUCAUUGAGGGGUGUGAAAUUAAAACAGAUUACGGACCUUUAUUGCACACGCUGGCUGAGUUUGGAUGGCUCCUGACCUGUGUCCUGCCCACACCCAUCGUACGACAUGACAGUGAAGGAAAUCUUGCUACAAAGCAAGUAAUUUUUCUUCAGAGACCUGUGAUGUGGAGUUCUGCUGUCCAGACACCAGAGAGGAAAUUCUUAAGACAAGUUACUGGGGAGGACAAAGGCAGAGUGUCUAGCAGAAGUGUUGGAUUAGACACAGCUACUUCUUGCCCUCUAGAAACUGGACAACCACCUGACGAGUUUCACCUAUCUCCUUCAAAACAAUGUUGGAUCAAGGAGGGAUCCUCCCAGUAUGGAGGCUUUCCAGGAUUCAGUAGCAGUGAUGGAGUAUUAAGGGAACUGGAUGAUGGACAGUAUGACCAGGAAGAUGGAGUCACUCAGGUCACAUGUAUGUGAUAAAGUCAGAAACUGCAUAAGAUGGACAUGUACAUAAAUCACAAAUGGAUUUUUUUAAAAAAAAAUUAUACUACUUUAAAUGCAUUGGUAUAAUCCUAUGGCUUCGUCCAGACUCAUUUUGUAUUUUUGUCAGUUUUUGUUGUUAAUCCUACUGUAGUAAUACUACUACAAAAGCAUUUGCUUUUCUGUCUCUCUUUAAUAGUAUAACUGUGUGACUGGGUGUUCUUUUAACUUGUUAAUGCUUUUGACAAGCAAGGAAGCAAAAGCUGCAGGAGUGACAGUUUGGAUUGUGUAAGGAGAAAGGAAUGAGGAUGUUUAGUAUUUUCCAUAAACUGGAGGAACGUUUUUGGGUGUUGUUUGUUUUUUAAGGGUGUUGUAAAUAUUGGUGGGGAAAGAUGAACUGACUGACUGUUAAGUUUUAAUGUAAUUUUCACUUUAUUUGCCUUGCAUAAGUUCUAAAGCUUAGAGAAAUGUCAAGUCUUAGCCUAGAGUGUUAGUAAUUUAAGCUACAUUCAGACUUGAUGUGGACAGAGAAACUCGGGGUGCUGUAGGCAGACACUUCCUCCUAUGAUAGCUUCACCUCUGCAGGUUGUAUCAGAGUUCCUUGUAGGUGUAAGCCACGUGCUGUUGGAGCUUAGAACUUGAGCAAUGAUAUAGUUGUAACUUAGUCAUGAGUGGAAAUUAAGAACCACUCAUCCCCUGGAAGAUAACUUGCAGUCUGUGAGCACAUAGUUUGAGAAGCUCAGAAGCUGCACUGACAUCAGCGUGCCCGGUGGAGCUGCUAACACAGGAGGAGGACAUGGGCUAAACUUAAUGGGCAAUAUUAGAUCAUGCAGUAUAUACAAACAUGCUGAUCUGGAUAUAAAAGAUGCCCCAGCUGAAUGUAUCUCACACUGGAUAAAGUGUAUUCAACUGCAUCAAACACCAGACAUCCUCACCAUAGAGAGGAGCCGCUUGUGCUAAGUGAGGGUAAUGCUGGCAGGGCUGUGCUGGGAGGGGCACAAACAGGAAUUAUUUUUAUGCUGCUGUCUGGAAACUACACUUUACAGAGGAGAAGCUGAAUAAAAAUGUCUCCAGGAAAAAAUUGCAUUUUUCAUUUAGUUUUAGAAGCCAAAAACUAAAACUGCUCUUCAUAUUUAACCUAGUGCAAAAUGAUUUGGUCAGAAUGAGAAGUCAGAACAGAACUGAGCAAUUGCAUUCACAACCAUGCUCUCAAUGUUUGCAGUACAGCACACACAUCACCCAGGGGUUCUGAUACCUCUCUGUGCAUGUUGUGCUGCAAACGUGGAGAGAAAUGUCAUGAACAGGUUUACCUGCACCCCUCUGUCCCCCCCCAGCUGCUGUGGGAGUCUGCCUGUCCACAGUGGUAGGUGCUGGCACUAAACACAGUGGGCAAACCAAUGCAGUGGCAGGAACACCAACAAUUAAUGCCAAAUGAGUACCCCAGGAGAUGACCAGGAUAGUGGAAGUGUACCUGCAAUCUUGGAGCUGUGCACAAAUAACAUGGGCAGAAGCUGCCUAUUUUGAUAAGCAAAAAUUAACUCGUGAAGGAAAAAAGUUGCACUUGCUGCUAUUUCAAUUUGUUUUUGUAGAGUGUGCAGGGGGGGAAACCCACGCAUAACUAGCAUAGCAGGAGCUUGAAAUAUUAUUGCUUUGGAGCUGCUUCCCAAUUUGCUUGUGAAAUUCUUGUAGGUAGGCUUGCUGUUUUUCAUUUUGGAAGAGGAACUCUUAACAAUUGUUCAUAGCAGGUUUGGGUUGUUUUGUUUGGGGUUUUUUUUCCCCAAAAAAUCCCCAGCCCUGGAGCUGGAGACAUUCCUUCAGCUUGAUUUUCCCAUUGCAUGCAAUGGGGAGCAAUGGGAGCACAGGAGUGCCUGUAAGAGGAGGCAUGGUCAGAAAUCCCUUCUUGCCAAGGCUUCUCUCCCAGCUUUGCCAGCAUCUCGAGCUCAGAGAUGUGGGGCAGGCACCUUGCAUUCAUUGCCUGUCGGUGUGGGGGGAGAUCCCACUGCUGACAGGGAGGGUGCUGGGCUGGGUGUUCCGUGCAGAGCCUGACCCAAGUGCUGCUCUCUCUUGCUCUGCUCUGGGAACAGCAGUCGUGUCACAGUUAGCGAGGAUCUCUGUGCUGCACAGGGGGGACAAAUUACAGACAUACAUGUUACUUCUGUCUCUGGCAGACAGCCAGGUAACUCAAGCAUUUGAAAAAUGGAGUAACAGCUGGGCUUUUGCAACUUGGAAUAUGCUGCUCUCCUCAUGAAAAUAUUUUUAUGAGUUAUCCAAAACUUUGGUGUGCUUGUAAUUUUAACUACUGGUCAUUCUCCAUACAAGUCAAACCUAUAAAAUGAGCAAGAAUUGGUCAAAAACUUCAGCAAUUCUGAAUAUUUCAAGUCAGAGCUUUUGAAGUACAUAAAGAAAUUACCUUUUACUAAGCAGUAUUCUUGCUUAUGGUGCUUAACAGUAAUGAAUCCUUAAUCAACACUGAUCUAAAACUAUUUAAGUUACAAAGUAUAAAGUAGUAAAUUAAAUGCAGUUACUCUUUCUGGAAUACGUUACUUGGAUAAAAAGAAUCAUUUAACUUUUAACUGAGAUCUUAGCUGUUGAGAGUGCAGAAAAUUCAAAUAAAAGAGUAUCAUUUUAAGAGUUUUUUCCCUUUAGCAGUAAUGGGAUGUACACAAAGGAAAUUCUGUUUUGGUAGUAGGGUACCACAUGGAUGUCCACAGGUACAUUCUAGAAUAUCAUCACUUUUAGCAAGGCUUGUCUUAAAAUGAAGUCAUAUUCCUUUCUAGUAGUCCCCAGUUUUAACUGUGCUUUAGUUCUUGCUUGUCAAUCUCACAGGUGUUGACAGUGCUGCAAACCUCUGAAUUUCUUUCUUGUCUUUUUAAUUCAGUAUAAAUAUGUGAAAUGGUUUCCUCUGAACACACUCAGCAAUUUCUUUUAAGGAUCAGCUGGGGGUUUUUAAUGUCAUUUUUUUCACAGUUUGAAAGUUGCCCCUGCUGUAGAAACAUUAAUCUUGUUUUCCCAGCUCUUUGUUGUCUGUCACUUCACAGGGCUACCUUUAGGCUCUGUAUGGAAGAAAAUAAACAAAAUACAAUUCUUCAUAUGGGAGGGAAAAAAGCCAACCUGACAGGAGCCGAGAUAGAGAUGUGGAAAGUGAGUGGCACAGAGAGGGUAGCAAAGGAAUGAUUCCUCAGCAUUCUUUUUUUGGUGCAAGAACUCAGGGCAACCAUGGCAGUGGUAAGUAGACAGUUUGAAACAAACCGUGGUAUCUGUUCAGCUGAGUGUAGAAUUCCCUGCUCCAGGAUGUUGUGUGUGAAGCUACCUGGAUUUAAAAGGUGACCAAAAAACUCCUGAAAGGAAAAGCAUUAUUCUCUCUGAAAGCCACUGAACCAGAAGCUGUUGCAGACUGUCAAAACUGGUCUGAGUGCACAGCUCUCCUGUUCUUUAGAUUACUGUGAGCAUCGGGGGCUUCAUCACUGGUGUCACGGAGCUGAGUGUGGCAAAACUUUUUGUAUGCUGUUGUGAGUGUAUAUGCUCACACACUGCUCAGCUUCCAUUUUACCAGAGUGCACUAACUUACUUUUUAUUGUGAGAAUUGCAAAUUAAAGCAUGGAUGCGUUCUCUGACAGAAAAAGUAAGUACAUUUUUAGUCAAUAACAAGGCUUCAGUCAGGAGCAGCCUGUGUGUCUGAACUGUAAUAAGAAAGUUCUUUAUGUGUAUGUGACAAGACAAAUGCUCUGCAACUAUCAGAACAGAGACAGAAGGCAGCCAAUACUGCUCGUGAACUUCUGCAAAGGAAUGUUUAUACUUUCUGAUGCUUAAAUUGUUUGGAGAGGAAAUAGUUCUCUAGUGUUUACAAACAGGAAGAAACUGUCCAAUGUUAAAUAUUUUGUACCCUGCUCAUAAUUGUCAGAACAGUUUAUUUACAUACCUGGUUAACUGCAAUAAACUGUUGCUUAACUUC